AUGUCGCGGAAUUUUCUGAAUGAGGACUUUGGAUCCGAGGAGGAGGAUGAUGAUUUCAACCCCGCGCCCGUGGAGGACUCGGAUAACGAUGAUGUCAAACCGCAGGCACCGAACCGCGCUCGAAUGGAAGAUGAUGAGGAGGAUGACGACGACGAAGAUGUCAAGCCUGAACGCGCCAACCGAGAGGAUAGCGAGGAUGAUGUGAGGGCAAGGGGCUACGCCAAUAACGCUCGCCGAGCUGAUGCUCGUGACGAGGAUGAUGAGAAUGAGGACGAAGACGAAGGUGAAGGGGAGGAAGACGAUGAAGAGGAUGAGGAAGAUGAAGAAGAGGACGAAGAUGAGCAGGAGGUUUCCUCAGGUCGGCCGAAAAAGCGAAUGAGAAGAGGGGGCAUCCAUAACUUCAUUGAUACUGAAGCCGGUGUUGAUGAAGAAGAGGACGAAGCGGAAGACGAGGAGGAUGAACUGGCCGAUUUCGGUGCUGAGAUGCACCCGGAUGAUUUGGAUGCCCUCCCUGCCGGUGCCGAGACCGAUGACCGCCGUCACAGGCAACUCGAUCGUCAGCGUGAGCUCGAGGCCAGCAUGGAUGCCGAGAAACAAGCACAGCUGCUUAAGGAAAGAUAUGGACGGAAUCGCGCUGCCGCGUCGGAUGCAGUUGUCGUGCCCAAGCGGCUGCUGCUUCCUAGUGUCGACGACCCCAGUAUCUGGGGUGUUCGCUGCAAGGCCGGCAAGGAGCGCGAAGUUGUAUUCUCCAUUCAGAAGCGGAUUGAAGAGCGACCUCCUGGAUCUCGGAAACCGAUGAAAAUCAUCUCCGCGUUCGAGCGCGGCGGCGCCAUGAGUGGUUAUAUCUAUGUCGAAGCGCGGAGACAGGCCGAUGUAAUGGAGGCGCUGGAAGACAUGUCCAACGUGUACCCGCGCACGAAGAUGAUUCUCGUGCCCGUGCGCGAGAUGCCCGAUCUUCUACGAGUACAGAAGUCCGAAGAGCUAAAUCCCGGCGGAUGGGUCCGUAUCAAGCGAGGCAAGUACCAAGGCGAUCUUGCCCAGAUCGAGGAAGUCGACACCAAUGGAUUGGAAGUCACGGUCCGUUUGGUUCCUCGGUUAGAUUAUGGCUUGAACGAAGACAGUAGUGCCCCGGUGGUUGACAUCAAGAGAAAGCGUCCUGGCAUGAACACUGCGGGCCCUCGGGCGCCCCAAAGACUCUUCAGUGAAGCCGAAGCCAAGAAGAGGCAUGGAAAGUAUCUGUCUGCUACAUCUGGCCUGGGUGGAAAGUCGUGGAGCUACCUCGGCGAGACAUACAUUGACGGUUUCCUCAUCAAGGACAUGAAGGUGCAACAUCUCAUCACGAAGAAUGUCAAUCCCCGACUCGAGGAAGUGACUAUGUUUGCACGGGGUUCUGAUGACGGAACUUCGAAUCUGGAUCUGGCCUCGCUCGCAGAAACGCUCAAGAAUUCGACCGCCGAGGAAUCAUACCUGCCUGGGGAUCCCGUUGAGGUGUUCCGAGGCGAACAGCAGGGCCUGGUUGGCCGCACCACAUCGACCCGGGGAGAUAUCGUGACCUUGCAAGUCACCGAAGGUGAACUGGCUGGACAGACAAUAGACGCCCCCGUCAAAUCCUUGCGCAAGCGCUUCAGAGAGGGUGAUCAUGUCAAGGUUAUUGGAGGCAGUCGGUACCAGGAUGAGCUGGGUAUGGUGGUACAGGUCAAGGAUGAUACAGUGACUCUGCUCAGUGAUAUGAGCAUGCAGGAAAUCACUGUCUUUAGCAAGGAUCUUAGGUUAUCUGCGGAAGCGGGCGUUGAUGGGAAGCUGGGCAUGUUCGACGUCCAUGAUCUGGUUCAACUUGAUGCCUCUACUGUUGCAUGCGUCGUCAAGGUCGACCGUGAAUCGCUGAGAGUUCUGGAUCAGAAUGGCUCCAUUCGCAAUGUGCUUCCGUCUCAAGUUGCCAACAAAAUCACACCUCGUCGAGAUGCGGUUGCCACUGAUCGCAAUGGUGCCGAAAUUCGGCACGGCGAUACCGUGCGAGAGGUUUAUGGAGAGCAGCGCAGUGGUGUGAUUGCUCACAUUUACCGCUCGUUCCUCUUCUUGCAUAACAAGUCGCAAGCUGAGAACUCGGGUAUUGUCGUUGUCCGUACCACUAACGUCGUGACCGUCUCUGCCAAGGGCGGCAGAUCCACCGGGCCUGAUCUUAACAAAAUGAAUCCUGCCAUGAUGAGGAAUGGCAUGCCUGGCGGCGGGAUGGGCCCUCCUAAGACCUUUGGUCGUGAUCGACUGAUCGGCAAGACAGUUCAGGUGAGGAAGGGUCCGUACAAGGGUCUCGUUGGCAUUGUGAAGGAUUCGACAGACAUGCAAGCACGAGUCGAGCUUCACUCGAGGAACAAGCUCGUGACAAUCCCCAAAGAGGUCCUUGUUGUCAAAGACCCCGUUACUGGCCAGACGCUCGACAUGUCUCGGAAGGGAGGUCAGCGCGCACCAUAUGGCGCUUCUGCUGCACCACCAUCCGGCUGGCAUGGUGGCCGUACCCCAAUGGCAGCAGCUGAUUCUUCCAGAACGCCUGCGUGGGGUGGCGCUUCUUCUGCUCGAACACCCGCUUGGGCAGGCGUUGGCGGUUCCCGUACUCCGGCAUGGAAGAUGGAUGGAUCGCGUACAUCGAAUCCUUACGAUGGCAGCCGAACUGCGUACGGUGGUGGCGUCGGAUCGCGCACACCGGCAUGGAACGCCGGGGCACGAACGCCCUACGACUCCGGCUCGGGAUCAAGCGGCUUCGACGCGUUCGCAGCAGGAUCUCGGACACCAGCCUGGGGCGGCGCGAACGCUGGCGGCCGCACACCAGCCUGGGGUGGCGCAGGCUCAACCGCAGGAGGACACAAGGAGUCCCGGGAGUACGCAGACGCACCCACCCCCGGAGGCAACUACUCCGCUCCGACUCCAGGUGCAUACGCCAGCGCCCCGACCCCGGGAGCCUGGGCCGACAGCGCCCCGACCCCAGGUGCUUACAACGCCCCUACACCGGGCGGCCCCUCAAGCCGUCCGUACGAUGCACCCACGCCGGCGAUGGGUGGUGCGGCCGCGACCCCGGGGGCUGGGCCAUAUGGGGACGGCGAGGAUGGCGGGCCUCGCUAUGACGAUGGGACACCUAGUCCUUAA